UAAACUUCCAACCAAGUUUAUCAACUUCCAUGGAAACGUGUUCGUAAAUUGUGGAAGCUCUGUGUAGUAAAAAAACUGCAAAAUCUUCUUCAAUGGCAGCUUCUGCUCUUGCUUUCUCUCUGAAAACUUCACUCAACAAUUCUCCUCUGCUUAUCCCUUCAAUUUCCUCAAAUCCUCUGCUGCCUCCAAAGAUUUCAACACGUUCUUCUUCUUCGUCGUCGGAAAAUUACAGAAGCCAUCAGUUGAAGCUCCUCAAGAGCACCCCAAGAGCCUCUUCUGAAAGAGAAGGAGUUCCUAGUGAGUUGAUUGAAGAUUCAAAAUUCGUUCCUCUAAACGCAGAUGAAAUGAUAUUUGGUCCACCUGCUUUGUUACUGUUGGGGUUUGAAGUGGAGGAAGCUGAGAAGAUCCAACAGUUUUUGAAACAGCUAGACGGAGAAUUCCUCAAGGUUAUUUAUUGUACUGAAGACAUGAUUACUCGUUCACUUUGGGACGCGAUGAAUACAAGCCAGCCGAAUUUGGAAGCAUUACAGAUUGCUAAGCCGCUGCCACGAAUCUGUUUCUUCUCUGGUCUCAGUGGGGAGGAGAUGAUGGUGUUCAUUGAUUCUUUCCCGGAAUCAGGACUCGAACCAGCCAUUUUUGCAGCUCUUGUUCCCAACAGUGCCGAUAAACCAUUGGCGGAGUUGAUAGAAGAGAUCGUGGGGGACCAUGAAAUGCUAACUGCGAAAGAAAAGGAAAAUGCAUAGGCUAUGCGGAUUCGACCAUUCAAGAUUCAGUUUUGUUUUUGCGCUUGAAAUUUGCUUCUAGUUUAUGCAAUGUUUACAUUAGAGAGGUAAUGUAAUCUUCAAAGUUAUUGGAAUUCUCGGUAGGGGUUUGUAGCUCAAGCAAUUAUGAGUAUUUACCCUGCACCCGAAGUCCUAGGUUCGAUU